GGGCUUUUAAUAUUGAUGCCAUUGCAGGCAACAUUUUUAUAUUUCGGUUUCAGUUUAAUCAACUACCUCACUCUUUUGUCAGGGUUGAACGCUUGGAUCUAUUUAAUUUCAAAUAAUCGGAUGCAUUUAAUAGCAACUAAAAUGUAUGCGCUCAAUUAAUUACGUAAAGAUUAACCAGCAGCUUGCAGUGCAAUCAGAAGAUACUUUUGACGGCAGGAGAUGUUUCUACCAUUGCAAGUUUAUUAUCACAUUAUUAAACUAAUGUCUUCAAUUGUUUUUAAUCAUGUUCAUUGUUUAACAAACUGUUUAGAAUAAAUAAAUAAGUACCGUGGCAGUUUCCUCUGAGAAUACACACCUAAAAUACAUUUGUUGAGGGUGUAUAUGUGUGGAAGUGGAAUGUCAUACAUUUUCACACUAAAGCUUCAUCUGUGCAAUAGUUGAAUCUUUCUUUCACUUCCUCAAAUUCAGCUAUUUUGGUGGAUUUGAGUCCAGUCUAACUCUGGGUGUUGGUCCAACAUUAGAAGCCUACACAAACCUAAUUUCCGUGUGUUUAUUUACCUAGAAAUAAGUAAUAAACUACGUUAUUGCCUGCGAUUCUGUUGAAACUGGAGACAAAAAAGAAAAAAAAAACUCAAUUUCCCAGACUCAUUUGCUGCACGACAAACAGUACAACCAAUGAAACUGUUUUGUGGAGACACCUUCCUGUUUUGUGGUGUGAAGUGAAGAGGACGCCGCAUGAAUUACUGUCAGAAACUCAGUCAAGCCAGAGACUAGAAGACAACUUCUGGAAAUGGCUCAAGAGGACCAGGGCGAGACGUCACAACAAGCAGCAGUCAUCGACGAGGAGCCGGGGACGGAGAACCAGGGGACGGAGAACCAGGGGACGGAGAACCAGGCUUCUCCCUCUGUCGUCGAGAUCCUCUAUGACUCCAUGACUGAAUGUGAAGAAAAAGCGAGGCCCAAGCUGGUGCAGAUGGAGGAGAAGGCCUUUGUAUCAAGUCUGCACUCUUACAUGAAGGACAGAGGUACACCUAUAGAAAGGAUCCCACAUCUGGGCUUCAAGCAAAUUAAUCUUUGGAGGAUCUACAAAGCUGUUGAGAAACUCGGGGGCUAUAACUCAGUGACAGCACGGCGUCUUUGGAAGAAAGUGUACGAUGAGCUGGGAGGAAGUCCGGGUAGCACCAGCGCUGCUACUUGCACCCGCAGACACUAUGAGAAACGUGUUUUGUUUAGGCUGGUGCUGCCCUUUGAAAGACAAAUAAAAGGGGAGGAGGACAGACCUCUGCCUCCGAGCAAACCCCGGAAGUUAUACAAGAGGAUUUUGGAGCACAAGAGGAUUUUGGAGCGCAAGGUCACCAAGGCUGAGAAGAAGAGAAAAGGGACUCAGUCGGAUAGAGAGAUGGACUCAGAGACGGAGAUUCUGGCAAAGAGAAGUCCAGAGGCCGUCUGCCAAGCUGAAACGGGGAUGCAUUCUCACCCCGUUCUCUGGGCCGCCGCCUCUGACGCUCAGCGCCCGGACAGAGCCGCUACCGCACUUUGCCCUUCGGCCUUCGCCCACCUCGUCCAGGCGCCCGCACCCGGCCCCUGGAGCGCUGCUCUCCCGUCUGCCGCCGCAGAGGUCAUUUCUCCUCUCGAGAAAAAGAAGCGGAUGGCUCAGGCGAGCCUCAAUUUGCCGCUUGCGCCUCACGCUGAGGACAAGGAAAGGCCGUCCGUCAUCCAGUGCUCCCAGCCUCCGGCCCGGUAUUCUUCCAGACGGAACUGUGAGUCCACCGACAGCUCCCCUGUGCCUUCAUCCCCUUCCUCUUCACGCAGCCCUUCCCCCUACUCCGAUUCAUCAGAGAACGGUGCGGAAGCAGGCGUACGUGAUGCUGCAUUGGGCUCUGAACUUUCCCAAAACUCUAAGAGCUGUGUGAAGAAUUCACCUGGCUGUAGUGAAGACAGGAAGCCUGAGAGCUUUUGUCAGAUAUCCAGAGACCCUGCGGGACAGUAUAAAGAUAUCAGCUCCCAAUGCGCAGACUACAUCAAGGUCCAGCACAAAGACUGGAAGCUAAUCCAAAAAGGGAGCGACAGAUAUAUCAGCCAACCUUUGCCGCCAUUCUCCUCUCCCGUGGUGAGAAUAGAUUGGGCCCCGACGUCCACCUCCAGUUUCACCAAAAUCAUUCCAAAAUCUGUGCAGCUUCUGCGUCCCGCUCCCAUCCGACCGGCUCACGCCACCCUGCAGGGCAGGUCGACGCAGCGCGACGAGUCUCUGACCGGCGCAAAGAAGCUUCACGGCCUGGCGCCGUGGCUUUAUCACACGGAGAGGAGGGAGAAACACAGGACAAUGCAACAGAAGGUUCCCCCCGCUCAGCACGGCCUGGCCCAUUCCAGCGCCAGCCUGCCGGCGUCGUGCUACGACAAAUCCGGGAGGGACCCUCGACACCAACCCCUGUUGCAUCCUGCUUUUCUCCCCGGCAGGAUGAGACUACCUCAAUCUCAGCUACUGUACAGACACGUCCCGAUGGGCCCAGUCCACGCCGCUCUGAGGGGGUCCGCCGUUUACCCGUACCCCAACUACAUCCCUCUGCUGCAUCCCCAAACUGCAUAUGCGCUGCCUGCCAUGCAUCCCCUCUACCCUCAAAAGAUGUGAUUCUUUGUAUUUCAACUCUAGUCUUGAAUAAUAACGCUGCAUCAGCCGCUGGGCGCGUUGGCCUCCUUGGCGAUUGCUCAUAGUUAUUUUGGCGAAGCACUACUUGUGUUUUUGAACAGGGCUUAAGCAUGCAGCACAUAGAUAUUUAGGUGACGUGGCAAACAUCCCCCGGUGGUCAGCGAGUUAUUGUAAGAUAAUUAUCUUUAUGACUGUGUAGACCUGCCGAGGCCAAAACCGAACUACGCAGAAGGGAAAUAUAGUCACAGCUGUGAUGGGUGAUGAGAUACAGUAUUUAUAGGAUCGCAGCGGGUUUAAUCAGGCUUCAAACUGAUGCAUAGUUUUCUUUAUCUCUGAGCAGCACUGUGCAAAAUGUACUCGUUGAAUGGAUGUGUUUUCUAUUGCUGUAGUUUGAUUAAAUGCUAAACAAUAAGCCGCAGCGCUUAUUCAAUGCCAAAUUGUCAAUAGCUGCACUCAAAAACAAAAUAACCAGCUAAAUUGAACAAAUUCACCGUUGUUGCAGUGUUGUUUUAAAGCAAAUUACCUUCUUGUACUGUAUUGGGGAGUCUGUUGGAAAAACAUGCUUCUUUAUAAAUAUUAUAUGUACCAUUUAUAUUAUUAUAUAGAUAUUUUUCAAAGAUGUUAUAAGCAGAUCUCAUGUCAUGUUAAUGUAUUAAACAGAAAUGGUCAGAGAAAUUACACAAAUAAACAUUACAAAUGUAUUUUAAAAAUGUAUGGUCCUUUGGUUUUUGAUUAUACGUAUCAAAGUAUUUCACCGUUCCCUGAAUAAUUUAAAUAAAAAUGUUGUUUCUAA